AUGAAGUUGUUCACGCACAAGCUGCAAGAAGGUGGUUCGGUGAUGAACCACUUAUCGAUCUUUAAGGAGAUCGUUGCCGACCUAGUGUCGAUGGAGGUAAAAUAUGAUGAUGAAGAUUUAGUUCUUCUACUGUUAUGCUCACUGCCUACUUCAUUUGCAAAUUUCCGAGAUACCAUACUAUUAAGCCGUGAUGAACUAACCCUUGCUGAAGUAUAUGAGGCCCUCCAGAUGAGGGAGAAGAUGAAAGGUAUGGUUCAGUCUGACAUGUCGUCCUUCAAGGGCGAAGUGUUGCAGGUUAGAGGCAGGCCCGAGCAGAAAACCUACAACAACAACAACAAUAAUCGAGACAAGAGCAAGAACGGUAAAGGCCGUUCCAAGCCCAGAGGUAGGGAUAAGUUCUACAGGUAUUGUAAGAAAGAUACUCAUGCCAUUGAUGAUUGUUGGAAGCUACAGAAUAAGGAGAAAAGAAAUAGUACGUAUAAAUCAAAAAACAAAUCCGAUGGUGAUGGUAAGGCCUCUGUUGUCUCUACUGUUGAUACUUCUAAUUCAGGAGACGUUCUUGUUGUUUUUGCUGGUUGUGUUGCUGGUCGUGAUGAAUGGAUACUUGAUUCUGCACGCUCGUUUCAUAUAUGCUCUAACAGAGAUUGGUUCAGUUCUUACGAGUCUGUGCGGAGUGGAGAUGUCGUGCGUAUAGGAGAUAACAACCCACAUGUGAGACACAUACCAGGGAUGGCUAGAAAUCUCAUCUCCCUCAGCACACUUGAUGCCCAGGGGUACAGACACUCUGGUUCAAGUGGAGUGUGUAAGGUAUCAAAAGGCUCUCUCAUUCAUAUGAUAGGCGAUAUGAAUUCUGCAAAGUUAUAUGUUCUUAUAGAAAGUACUUUACAUGGUUCUUUCACUGCUGCUACUGUUUCUAAUGAUGAACCAAGUAAAACUAAUCUCUGGCAUAUGCGUCUUGGGCAUAUGAGUGAACUUGGUAUGGCAGAAUUGAUCAAGAGAGACCUACUAGAUGGUUGCACUAUGGGUAAGAUGAAGUUCUGUGAGCACUGUGUUUUUGGUAAGCACAAGAGGAUAAAAUUCAAUACAUCUGUUCAUAUUACCAAAGGUACACUUGAUUAUGUACAUGCUGAUUUGUGGGGUUCGUCUCGUAAGCCUUCUUAUGGUGGUGCUCGUUACAUGCUUACCAUUAUUGAUGAUUACUCUAGAAAAGUAUGGCCUUAUUUUCUGAAAAAUAAAGAUGAUACUUUUACUGCUUUUAAAGAGUGGAAAGUUAUGAUAGAAAAGCAAACUGAAAAGAAGGUUGAGAACAUUCAUGAGCCGGCUACGUACACUGAAGCUGUUGUUUCUGGUGACCGCGAAAAGUGGAUUUCCGCUAUGCAAGAGGAGAUGCAGUCACUCGAGAAAAAUGGCACAUGGGAUGUUAUGCGCUUGCCUAAACAAAAGAAGGCCUCAGUUAGUACUCCUAUUGCUCCUCAUUUUAAAUUAUCAGCUUUACAAUGUGCUAGUACUGAUGAGGAUUUUGAGUACAUGUCAAGAGUUCCAUAUUCUAGUGUUGUUGGUUCUUUGAUGUAUGCCAUGGUUUGCUCUUAUCCUGAUUUAUCAUAUGCUAUGAGUUUGAUUAGUAGAUACAUGGCUAGUCCUGGUAAAGAACAUUGGAAGGCCGUUCAGUGGAUUUUUAGGUACCUUCGUAGCACAACAAAUGUUUGUUUGAAGUUUGGCAAGACUAAUAAGGGACUCACUGGCUACGUGGAUUCAGAUUUUGCUGACGAUUUGGAUAAGAGGAGAUCUCUCACAGGUUAUGUGUUCACUAUUAGUGGUUGUGCUGUGAGUUGGAGGGCAACAUUGCAGCCCGUUGUUGCCCUGUCUACCACUAAAGCAGAAUUGGCUGUUGCUGAAGCAUGUAAAGAAUCGGUUUGA